AUGGGGGUGUAUCCCCGCGCAGGGUUGAAUCCGGAGAUAAGCCUGCGAGGAGGGAUGCGUGGCCACGGUCAACACGAGCGACAAAUCAGGACGCAGCGGAGCUGCCGGAUAGCAGAAGAGCAAAGUUUGUCGAGGUUCCUCACGGCCAUCGAAGGGGAUGAGCGGGCGGUAGACUUUGUCCGGUGGGCUUUUCGAAGGCCUGCGGCUGGUCCAUUUCGGCCGACGCAGUGGGGUCAGACCCCGCUCAGCCGUUCGAACCCCCAAAACUUGCAGUUCGUCCCCCUGGUGCCGAAGGCGCAAAAUGACCACGGUCAUAAAGAACAGGCAAAAGUCAAGAAGCGGCUGCCGGAAGUGCAAGGAAAGGAGGGUAUCUGCCGAAACUGUCUCCAGAAGGGCUUUGUGUGUCCUGGUUAUCAGCAACGUCUGCAGUGGUCGACCAAACACGAGGUGUCGACCACCAUCAAGGCUAGCGGUCCAGCGAACUUUACUCAGCUGGUUGAUGCCGCCUCCAAGUCCAUCAUCUCGCGAUCGGCAAAGCCUGAUGCUCCUAGUCACAAUGCAGCACAGGCGAAGGCAUCGCCAGCCCCCAGCCAACAGCUUCGUCCCCCUUCCGUCGCAUCCCCCAUGACAACCGCAGAAUCACCUUCAUCAUCUUCAUCAACCUUAUCGCCACCUCCUCAGCCCGAAGACCAAGCAGAUUCUGUUGACAACAGUGACGCUCUUGUCCCCAUCGUGCACACGCCAGAAGAACAGUACCUCGAAGUUAAUGUAGCCGCGGAGCCGCCCCUAGUAGAUAUUCCAUCUUUUCUCAUAAAUCAUUGGUUCAACGCCGUCUGUUCAUCAUGGUCUGCCCUGGACUCGCAAAACAACCCUUAUCGCGUCUUGACGAAUCAGCUUUGGAGGCACUCCAGUGCUGUUUACUUCGCCCUCCAGUCCAUUUCGGCGGCUUCUCUGGUCGAACGUCUCCCUGCCGUCAUGAAAGAGACGGCUCAGUGGGCACCGCGCCGUGCCCAUGAAGUCAUUCAAAACGAACUUGUCGCCUAUUCCUCCGGGCUGCGGUCGGAGUUCCCUAGCGACUUGUUCCUGGCAUUGUUUUGUAUGAGUUCUUCCAUGUGCUGGAUGGAGGCCCGUCAACUCGGCCAAGGGUAUGUCAGGGAAGCUCGCAGAUUGCUCAGGUUGGUGAAUCCUGAGCGACUCUCGCAGGCGGACCUAGCAUUGUAUAACUUCUUUAGUGGAUGUCUGAUUUAUGAGGAGAUGCUUCGCAGUGUCGUCAGCGAGGAUGAAACAGACAUUGAGCACAUGCUUAGCUGGCCUGAGCCUGCUUUGCCGUCAGGUCCUCGCCUUCCAAGCGCCUCCCAUUAUUGGACUGGUGUUCCUAUCGAUGUGCUCAGGCUGUUUGGGAAAGCCAUGGCCCUUGUCAGGAGGUCUCGCAAUCGAUGGCGAAUGAAUGAUGGCACGAGCUACCAGGUCCUCCAAGGUGCGAUGAAGGAUAUCGAAGAAGCUGGCAAAGUUGAAGCUUCUUUAAUGGCCCUCAUCAUUCCACAACUCCUCGUGUCCAGCAAUGAUCCACAAGCGACUGCACAAGCACAGAACUUGCACUAUACUACCGAAGCAUAUCGAUUGAGCUCCCUUUUGCAGCUCUAUAUAACUUUCCCCGAUCUGCGCGAUUGCAGGCUGUCGACGACGUGUAAAGAGUCAAGCAGACCGACAGGUCCCGAGUUUCUAACGUCUUUAGCAUUGAGUAUUACCGAUGUGCUCAAGAAGGUGCCUGCUCGCAGUCUGGGCUGUAUCCAGCCCCUUGACUUCACAGCCUUUUCGGAUGACAACCUCCUGGAGUAA